GUAUCGUAACCGUCGGUGGCAAUACAAAUAAAAAGUGCUUAACACUGCUCACGUUUCGGAACUUCAAAUAACUUUUUCCCGAUGUCGCGUCGUUUGAACAAGAGGUUUGCUUAGGAGAAUGUUUAAUUAAUAUAGUUUGGUAGAUAAAAACUGGUUGGCUUUAGUGGCAUACCUAGGACAGGGCAGGCAACGUUAGCUGUAGUUGCUAGCUACAUAGCGCACACAGCCAGAAACGUUAGUUUGCUUUUUCUAUACAGACCUGCUGUCACCUAGCCUUUCCCCCCUACCGUAGUGCUAGCAAACGGUUUUAACGCAGGCUGAAGUUAGACUUGCUGUUUUGUGAAUAUUUUAACAACUUAUUUACACGUCUGUCUUGGGACAUUGAAAACAUUGGGAAUAUCCCAGUAUGGGGAUGUGUUUGCCUUGUUUUGGUGGAGCUGCGGACGACGUUGUAGCUACCCCGGACCCAGAAACGAGAAGAAGGCAGUUAGCAGAAGCGGCUGAGAAGAGACAAAAAGAGACCACCUACAGAGGCAUCAAGAACCCUGAAGCAGUUGAAAGGAAGAAGAAGAAACAGGAGGAGAUUGAGAAACAGGCAAUGAGCACGUCGCCCUCUGGUGGCGGGGGGCUGAAGUGGCAGGUUGGCUAAAGGGGAGGCUGGAGAGAAUAGUGAUGGUGUGUGUCCAUGUUUUGGCUCAGACGACAUGAGCAGCGUUACCAGUUGACUCGAAAGAA